AUGAACGUCGCAACGUUUGGUGCUACUUGCUCACCUGCUUCUGCGCAGUAUGUGAAAAAUAUUAAUGCCAUGCAGCACAUCCAGCAGUAUCCCAGGGCUGUCGAGGGAAUACUGAACUGCCAUUACGUCGACGAUUACCUCGACAGCUUUGGCAGCGAAUCUGAAGCGGAGAAGGUCUCGUCAGAGGUACGAUUAGUUCACAGUAAUGGAGGAUUUCAUCUGCGGAACUGGAGAACGAACAGCGAAAGGGUUUUGAUAGGUCUUGGAGAGUCGGCGGCAGCAGACAUCAAGAACUUGUACCUAGAUCGUAGUGAACAUGUGGAUAGAGUACUCGGGAUGCUCUGGUCAACAGGUUUGGAUGAAUUGAGCUUUUCCACUCGCAUGAGUGAAGAGGUAAGACAUCUACUGGACAGUGGCACUAGACCAACCAAACGCCAAGUGCUGCGAUGUGUCAUGUCUCUAUUCGAUCCGUUGGGACUCCUUGCCCCAUUCAUAAUUCACGGUAAAGUGUUAAUUCAGGAGUUGUGGCGUGCAGGGACAGAGUGGGAUGAAGCGAUAGGCGAUAAGGCGUUCGAGCACUGGAACCGAUGGACAAAGAUGAUCGAGUUCAUAUCAACCGUAAAAAUACCGAGAUGCUACUUUCCCCGAGCCACUGAAGCGACCUAUAAGAACGCCCAACUUCACGUGUUCGUCGAUGCCAGCGAAAUCGCUUACUCGUGCGCCGCCUAUAUUCGAACGACCGCAAACGAUGGAUCCUCCGAUUGUGUCUUGGUUUCCGGCAAAACCAAAGUGGCCCCGCUUAAACCGAUGUCCAUUCCACGGUUGAAGCUGCAAGGCUGCGUUAUCGGAACACGUUUACUCAAAUUCGUACAGGACCACCAUCCCGUCGCGUUCUCCAAAAGGUUUCUUUGGACAGAUUCCACAACAGCGAAAACAUGGAUCCAAUCUGAUCCGCGCCGAUACAAGCCAUUUGUGGCCCAUCGGGUGGGAGAAAUUUCCGAAAGUACAGAUACUAGCGAUUGGAGAUGGGUGCCAUCCAAGCUAAACCCAGCAGACGAGGCAACCAAGUGGGGGCGGGGACCUUAUUUCAAUCAGGAGAGCCAAUGGUUUAAUGGACCUGCAUUCCUCCGACUGCCAGAAGAAGAAUGGCCAAAAACUAUCGAGCCAACGGAACCGACAACCGAAGAAGUUAGACCCUCAGUGUUACUACACUUCGUUUUCGUUCCAGUUCUGGAUUACAAUCGAUUUUCUUCAUGGAGAAAAAUGGUACGCACGGCAGCGUACGCGUUACGUUUCCUGUUCAAUUAUUUUGAGCAGACCCAAAAGAUUAAUGGACCCCUUACGCAGGGCGAGCAUCUCGGCGCGGAACAAGCAAUUGUGAGACUGGUGCAACGUGAGAGUUAUCCGGAUGAGAUGGCCAUUCUCGAACAGAACAGAACUAAACCGAACCACAAACAUGCUUGUCUCGAGCGAAAAAGUGCGUUGUUCAAACUGAUGCCAGAAUUAGACGAAGCCGGUUUGCUGAGACAACGGAGCCGUAUAAUUGCUGCGAAUGCUGCGACCUAUGAUGCCCGGUUUCCACUGAUCUUACCAUCGAAACACCGAGCAGUACAGCUUCUUGUAGCUGAUUAUCAUCAACGUUUUACACAUGCGAAUAACGAAACUAUCGUCAACGAGCUUCGUCAACAUUACGCUAUUCCGAAUUUGCGUAGAUUGGUGAAGUCGGUCGCAUACAAGUGCCAAUUGUGUAAGAUUCGUAAAGCCUGUCCCGGUAAUCUACCUAUGGCUGCGCUUCCUCCAGCCCGCCUUGCAGUGCACAUGCGUCCAUUCACCUAUGUGGGUCUGGACUACUUCGGUCCAUUCUUAACGAAAGUGGGAAGAUCAAAUGUGAAGAGAUGGAUUGCACUCUUUACAUGUCUCACUGUAAGAGCUGUGCACCUUGAGAUUGCCUUCAGCUUGACGACUGCUUCCUGCAUAUCAUGUGUGCGACGAUUCAUCGGACGACGAGGGUCGCCGAUCGAAAUCUUCAGCGAUAAUGGCACCAACUUUCAGGGAGCGGAACGCAUUCUGCGUGAUCAGAUCGACCAGGAACUAUCGGUAACAUUCACUAGUACCACGACAAAAUGGAGUUUCAUACCUCCGGGGGCACCCCAUAUGGGGGGUGCUUGGGAAAGGUUGGUACGGUCUGUUAAAUCGGCUAUGAAAGAUGCGUACACAGAGGGGAAAACAACUGAUGAAGAAUUGUUAACACUGGUUGUAGAGGCGGAGAGCAUUGUCAACUCGAGGCCUCUGACAUAUUUACCUUUGGACUCCGAGGAGUCUGAAGCUUUAACCCCUAAUCACUUCCUUUUGGGGACCUCUAGCGGAGCGAAACUGACUGGCGUGGACACAGGCGCAUCCCAGACGAACCUGCAAGACACCUGGAAAGGAAUCCAGCGACAAUUGGAUAUGUUCUGGAAACGUUUUUUAAUGGAGUAUCUGCCAGUGAUAAGAAGGCAACCGAAAUGGUUUACCGAAACCAAACCCUUGCAGGUCGGUGACUUAGUGCUGGUUGCAGAUAGUGGCAGGCGUAACGAAUGGACCCGAGGCAAGGUGGUCCAGAUCUUUCCGGGUGCAGACGGUAGAAUGCGACAAGCUUCCGUACAGACGCGACAAGGAACCUAUAGGCGACCUACAUCGAGGUUGGCCGUACUCGACGUAGAUAAUCCAGGUGCUGUCCCAACAGAUGGUGGGAAGCACCGGGGGGAGACUGUUGACACCGGUACCGUCGAGUCGGUCACCCUACCAUAA